AUGACUGCAUUCGUUGCUGGUUGUUUCGAGCCAGACAUGCUACGGGACCCUUUACGCCUAGUAUUUGUGAAAAUUGGUACACCUCUCAUUGCCCCUGGAACUUGCCGUUUGACCGAACUCCAAAAUCGCAAUGGUGUGGCUGGAUCACCCCUAUUGGGACACUCCAUAUCGACGGAGAUCCUGCAGAAACCGAAUCUGGCCAGUCAAGAUCCCAAUAAUGACUGA